AUGUGGUGGAAAAAGGCGAACGACGGGCUACUCCUGGGCGCCAUCGUGUUGCUGGUCACGUGGCAACCCGCGCAUGCGGAGCGCAACGUCACUGACGACGCGUGUCCCGUGCCGAUGCACGCCAGAGCCACCUGCCGGUGCGUCGAUGUCAGCUUCCUGAAGAUCGCUUGCGUCGACGCCGACUGGGAUGGCCUGCAGGGGGCGCUGGGGGGCAUCGACGAGCCAAUCGUCGGGCUGAGUGUACAGAUGAGUCGGCUGCGGACGGUGUCGGCUGGCGGUGUGUUGUCGCGGCUCAGGAUCACCGAGCUUUACCUGACGGAUGACGAGAUUACUGAGGUGUCGGCAGGUGCAAUAAACGGCUCCCUGGAUUACCUACAACACCUGGAUCUUAAAGAGAACCUGUUACUUAAGGUGCCGACGCUAGCGCUGAGCGAAGGUUACAGUCGACUGAAGUAUCUCGACCUGGGACAGAACAGCAUAGCGACGGUCGGCGCCGACGCUUUCGUCGACCUGCCGUCACUACACGUCCUCAAACUGAAUGCCAACAAGAUUCGAGCCGUAGAACCGGGAGCCUUUGCGGGACUCGAAUCGCUGUUGGACAUAGAUCUACAGAGUAACGAGUUAAAGUCGGUGCCGUCGCUGGCGCUGUCCGAUCUACGAUCGCUGAAGAAACUCGACCUCGGACACAACUAUCUCGGCUACAUCCACGACAACGCGUUCGAAAACCUCACGUCGCUAGAGACGCUUGUGCUUGCUUACAAUAGCAUCCACGCCGUCCACCAGGCGGCGUUCGUGUCGCUGUCCAACCUGCGCGUGUUGUUUCUGCUCGCGAACAACUUCGAAGCGAUUCCUCUGAUGUCGCUUAACCUCACCAACCUGGAGUUCCUCGUCCUGGGCAUCAACUACAUUAGCGACAUUCCCAAGGACGCCUUCCGUCACCUGCCGCGUCUGCGCACGCUCAAUCUCGCCGGAAAUCUUAUCGAGGACGUCUCUAGCGACGCGUUUCGAGGUCUCGAGGAUCUAGCGUACCUGCACAUGUCCGAGAACCGACUGACGCGACUGCCACAGGCGGCGCUGAAAGCGUUCCGACAACUCUACGUUCUCAACCUCGGCAACAACCAAAUAGGUGACGUCACGAUGGACGCAUUCUCGGCCGAACUGAAGGAUUCGAUCGGUACACUCAUCCUAAACAACAACCAGCUAUCGGCCGUACCGACGAAAGCUCUACACGGAUUCAGGAAGCUCUGGAAACUCGACCUGGCCGGCAACCGCAUCGUUCAGCUAGAGGAUAACGCUUUCGCCGAGCUGGCGACGUUAGAGUCGAUCGACCUUUCUAACAACGACAUCAUGUACGUGAGCAGCAAAGCGUUCCUCGGCCUGCACGCCACCCUGCAGAACCUCGACAUGAGCCGUAACGAGAUCGUGACGUAUCCGCGGGAAGCCAUUCGCAAUAUGGAAGAGCUGCGGACGCUGAGGCUGCAGCACAACGCGCUGAGGAGCGUGCCUGAAGAAGCAGCCGAUGGUCUGAACAAACUCGCCAGCCUAGAGCUGCAGAACAACUACAUAGACGACGUCGACAGAAACGCGUUUGCCGACGUGUGCAGUAAGCAGCUGCGAAUCAUAGAUCUGUCCGGGAAUAGGAUCGCUGUGCUCCGAUCUGACACAUUUGUCAACCUGACGUCGGUUGUCAGCGUCGAUCUUUCCUUCAACGUCAUCCGGACGCUACAGCCAGGCGCCUUCCGGCACAUGGUGGCGCUCGCGUCGCUCAAUCUUAGCAACAACCAGAUAGAGGUCGUCGCGCAUGCGCCGUUCACCUCGCUGCCGGCGCUCACGCACAUUAACCUGAAGCAUAAUCUGAUAGAGAGAGUGUCGGCGCUUGCCUUCCAGGAGUCGCCGGCGCUGCAGGACGUCAAUCUGUCGCACAACAACCUGUCGAUCGUCCGCGCCGGAUCGCUGAGCCCCCUGGCGGCCAUCGAGUCGCUCGAUCUGAGUCACAACAAGAUCAUCGCCAUGGAACCGGACGCGCUGAUGGCGCCCCAGACGGCGACGCUGCGGGUCUUGCACCUGCAGCAGAACGCGUGGCUGUGCGACUGUCGGAUGCUCUGGCUGCGGGAGUGGCUCGACGACUGGGUGAACGCGACAGGGGGCGCUGCUACGCCGUACCUCGACGAUGUUACGUGUUACGGACCUGCCGACGUGAUGGGCCGCUGCGUCAUGUGCGUGACGCUAGACAAAUUCGUGUGCCAAGAGAGCGUUGUGACGCAGCCGCCGCUGCCGACAGCGUCGGAGUGUCCCGUGGAGAGCGAUGAUCAUUUCGUCAUCAUCAUGAUGCUGACAGCAUGGCUAGGUGCCUUCCUAGUCGCUCUCAUCAUCCUCACCGGCUACGCCUACAUACUUAACGGACGCCUGAUGAAGGAGGACGAGGACGACAUGGAGGACGUCGCCAGGAUCAGCUACCACGAGGAAGCUGAUCUCGUCGACGACGACGGUGACCUUGGCUUCGCCGACUCCGACGUGCCGCCAGCGCCACCGCCGCCCGGCAAGUCGCCCUCUGGCGACGUGAAAUCACUCGCGAACAUGUCGACUCUUUCUAACUCGAAUACAUUCCCGAUCGAUCCUAUGGAAUCCCCACAGUCGGCAAGGACGCUGAGUCCAGUAUGACGGACACGUUGUCCGCUAGGAGGCGCUAGCUGGACGGACGGCAACGUCAGUGUUAUAAACUACAUGCUAGACUUAACGAAACGAAAUGAACGACGUCGUCAUUGUUUUAUUUUUUAAUAUAAAUGUGUACCACUACCAUUAUUUUUAAGUUGUGCAUGUCAUUUGAAUAGUGUGAUAUUCCGUUGUUUAAGCGCUUGCAAUUUACGGAGGGGGGGGGCACAUAUUAUGCAUAUGUAUGUGUACGUAGCAGUGAGUAUAUGUCAUGUACGUCUUCCUAAACAUUGUACUUGUAUAUUUGCCGUUACUAUUAAACGCAAAUGGCGAUUUACGACAACUGCUGCCAUCUGUCAUGCGACAGUAUUAUGCGCAUUCGUGUGUGCAUACCUUCCUACAAAAUAACAUGGCGUUGUGUGGCGGAUAAUAAUACAGGAUGUUUAGAUAUCUGCUGUUACAGUAAAUCUGAGUUCGUGUACGCCCUUUAAUAAUCUCGUCUGGUAAUAGAUGCGCCACGUGGGGAUUAUCUUGUUAUGCAAUGAAUGAAGAAUAUGCGUCUGAAAAAUCACAUUUAAAUCAACCUGUCACAGCUAAACAUUAUGUUUGCAAAAAAAUGAAGAGAAACAGCUGUAAUAUAGUGUGAUCUUCUUUAAACUAGGAAUAGGUUUUAUUAAAAAAAAAGGUAUCCGAAUGUUUUCCGCAAAUUAAGCAGGUUCGUCUAAAAUUUUCCAGACCCUAUUUAGAUUACGAGUGCCGCUAGAAGGCGCUGCGAUUCUAAACCGAGAUUUAGACCAAGAUUAGACAGAAUUGAUUUUCUAUGCAGGCGAAUAUAAUGCAAACGUCCUAGUCGAGUUCUCGUGCGAAUUUACUGUCGUAGUUACUGAUCAUUAGUGUCGUAUAAUUAAAAGCACGUGUUGAAUAGA